CUCUCUCUCUCUCUCUCUGGGCCGUUGUGGCUUCCGGCGAUGGGUUUCAAUGAGACGGACACCGGCGCGAGCUCCGGUCGUCAAGUGGAGGCACUGGCGGCGUUUCUUCUCCGCCGUUACGCGGAGGAGCUCCAGUCCAUCUGCCUCGCCUCCGACCCCAAUCUCCAUUACCCUCUCUGCAUCGACUUUGCGGAGCUUGUGGACUACGAUCCUCCUCUUGCCCACCUCGUCUUCUCUGAACCAGCUCAGCAUUUGCCCCUCUUCGAUGAUGCUGCUGUUUGGGCUCAUAAAGUUGUACUCGGGGAUAUGAAAGGAAAAGGCUGUGGGGUUAAGAAGGAUUGCAUUCAUGUCCGCAUUAAUAUCUGCGGCUCACCGCUGGAAUGUCCCGAGACUUUUCCCAGCAUUGGUCAGUUAAGAGUGAAGCACCGCGGGAUUCUUCUGACCCUGAAGGGAACUGUAAUUAGGUCCGGAGCAGUGAAGAUGUAUGAAGGAAAGAGGUGGUAUAGGUGUCGAAGAUGUAAUUACAGCUUCCCGGUGUAUCCUGAGCUGGAAACGAGAAAUUCCAUAGUUCUGCCGUCAAGUUGCCCAUCGCAGGGGUCAAAUUCUUGUGAAGGCACAAACUUCCAGUUUAUAGAAAACAGCAUAAUUUGCCAUGAUUAUCAAGAGAUAAAAAUCCAAGAAAGUACUCAGCUAUUGGGUGUUGGGACAAUUCCUCGUUCCAUUCAUGUUAUUCUGAGGGAUGAUCUUGUUGACACUGUCAAAGCUGGAGAUGAUGUAAUUGUUACUGGCAUUGUAACGUCUCGGUGGUCUCCUGAUUUAAAGGAUGUACGCUGUGACCUUGACCCCAUGUUAAUUGCUAAUCACAUAAGGAGAACCAAUGGGAUGAAGUCAGAUGUCGACAUUCCUGAUGAUUUAAUUAUGAAAUUCGAGAAAUUUUGGUCUUGCUUCCAGGACACCCCCCUGAAGGGGAGAAAUGCUAUUCUUCGUGGUAUAUGUCCUCAAAUUUUUGGACUCUUCACUGUGAAGCUUUCAGUUGCUUUAACUCUUAUUGGAGGAGUGCAACAUAUUGCGGCAACGGGGACAAAGGUUCGAGGAGAAUCUCAUUUGCUUCUUGUGGGUGAUCCUGGAACUGGCAAGUCACAGUUUUUGAAAUUCGCUGCAAAAUUGAGCAAUAGAUCUGUUAUAACUACUGGGCUGGGAAGCACUAGUGCUGGGUUAACUGUCACUGCAGUGAAGGAUGGAGGUGAAUGGAUGCUAGAAGCAGGAGCUCUCGUUUUGGCUGAUGGAGGGCUUUGCUGUAUUGACGAGUUUGACAGCAUGAGGGAGCACGACAGGGCCACAAUACAUGAGGCGAUGGAGCAACAGACCAUAAGUAUUGCAAAGGCAGGUCUUGUGACAACUCUCAGCACAAGAACAAUAGUCUUUGGUGCAACAAAUCCUAAAGGGCAGUACGAUCCUGAGCAACCACUGUCUGUCAACACAACACUCUCCGGUCCCCUAUUGAGCAGAUUUGAUAUAGUCCUAGUACUUCUUGAUACAAAGAAUCCCGAAUGGGAUGCAGUUGUUUCUUCUCACAUUCUAGCUGAGGGCGAACAAGAUAACAGCAGGAGUGGUGAAGAUCUGUCUAGUGUCUGGCCGCUUGAUAUGCUACGAAGGUACAUUCAUUUCGUGAAAGGACAUUUCCGACCUGUCCUUACAAAGGAGGCUGAACGAGUCAUAUCAAGCUAUUAUCAACUUCAACGAAGAUCAGCUUCUCAGAAUGCAGCAAGGACAACCGUGCGCAUGUUGGAAAGCUUGAUUCGCCUCGCUCAAGCACAUGCGAGAUUGAUGUUCAGGAAUGAGGUGACUCGACUGGACGCUAUUACGGCCAUUUUGUGCAUCGAGUCCUCCAUGACUACAUCCGCCAUAGUUGACACAGCUGGCAAUGCCCUUCACUCCAACUUCAGUGAAAAUCCCGACGAAGAAUAACGAUGGAUUUGUAUUGAUUGUGCCUUGAUUGACUCAACUCCAGUUUGCAAAUCACCACCUUGACGGCAAAAACCAUAGAUGCCAAGCAGGAAAAGUUGAUACUGGAGAAACUCUGAAGGGCUUUCUGAUGGUUGCUGUGAAACCUGAGCUCGAGGUUCGACAAGUUUCAGCCUAUAUAUGGUUCAGCUCUGAAAGGGUUUCUAACGGAUGCUGUGAAGCCCGAGCUCGAGGUCCGACGAGCAGUUCGAUCUUGUAUAUGUCAAUGCACUGUUGGACUUAAUCUUGUCUUAUUUAAUGAAGUCUGAACAUGAAUGUGAAAUAAUGUUCAUCAAAUUUGCCAUCCUGUUUUCUGAUAGA